AAAUAAAAUCUAUAAUCUCAAUUUUCAACUCAACGGUCAUUACACUCCUCGCCAGUCACGACCACACUCUCCCCUCCAUAUAUAGGCCCAUCAUCUCCCCCAACACUCUCCUCCAUUCCUAUUCUCUCUCUCUCUCUCUCUAGAGUCUUCUAUACGUACCUAGUUACUCUUCAUCUUCAAGUUUCGCCAUUAAAACGCAGCUUAUAAGCUUUAAUUUUUACUGAACAAAGAAGCUAAGCAUGACGAAAGACUUAGAAGUAACAGAGAGAGGUUCCUUUUCUCACAAGGACUACCACGACCCACCUCCGGCGGCACUCUUUGAUACCGCCGAGCUUGGCAAAUGGUCUUUCUACAGAGCCUUAAUCGCCGAGUUCGUUGCUACCCUUCUCUUCCUAUACAUCACUGUUUUGACUGUCAUCGGUUACAAAUCCCAGAUCGAUCCUAAAAACAACGACCCCUGCGGCGGAGUCGGCAUUCUCGGCAUCGCUUGGGCUUUUGGAGGCAUGAUUUUCGUUCUCGUUUACUGCACUGCCGGAAUUUCAGGGGGCCACAUUAACCCGGCAGUGACAUUUGGGCUGUUGUUGGCUCGGAAGGUGUCCCUGAUUCGAGCGGUGCUGUACAUGGUGGCUCAGAGUUUGGGAGCCAUCGCUGGAGUUGGGCUGGUGAAGGCCUUUCAAAGUGCUUUCUACGUCAAGUACGGCGGUGGCGCCAAUGAGCUUGCUGAAGGGUAUAGUACCGGUGUGGGGUUGGGAGCUGAAAUUGUUGGGACCUUUGUUUUGGUCUACACGGUUUUCUCCGCCACUGACCCCAAGAGAGUUGCCAGAGAUUCUCAUGUUCCGGUUUUGGCACCACUCCCAAUUGGGUUCGCCGUGUUCAUGGUUCACUUGGCCACCAUCCCGGUCACCGGCACCGGCAUCAACCCUGCUAGAAGUCUUGGAGCUGCCGUUAUCUACAACAAUGAAAAGGCUUGGGAUGACCAUUGGAUAUUCUGGGUUGGACCCUUCAUUGGUGCAGCCAUUGCAGCUUUCUACCAUCAGUUUAUCUUGAGAGCAGGAGCUGCUAAGGCUCUUGGGUCCUUCAGGAGCGGCUCCAAUGUUUAAUUUUUCUGGCUUAUAUAUUAUAUUACUUCCUUCUUCUAUUGGGAUAAAUUAAGCAUUAAGCUAAUAUUGAAGGAAGGAUUAGACAGAUCAUAUAAUAUCGGAAGAAAAAAAGUUUAAAUUAUUAUUAGUAGUGUUUUUUUUCUUUCUGCUUAUUUAUGUAUUUGUGCUUUCAUUAUUAUGAACUAUGAAAAUCUAGAUACAUUCUAUUAUCAGAGGGCAAGAGCUUUUUGUUUGUA